CCAAAACCCAAAUCUCUCUCUUUCGAUAUCAAUUAUUAACAUGCAGACUGAGUCUCAUACCUUCCAAAUCUGUAAUGGCCACGGCGUUGAAUGACGCGUGAAUGACGCGUUAGGGUUAGGGUUUCAGAGCUUUUUUUCACAUUGAUCAGUUGUUUCUGUAUCUAUCUCUUUCUCUGUUUUUUGAUUUUUACUCAUUUAUACAUAACAAUGAAUCUGUGUCUACUAGGGUUUUUAUUUCUCUAUAUUGGGCUUUUACAAUCAUCUUAUAGUUGUUGAAGAAAGAAGCAUUGCUGAGUCGAUGGGAUCGUCUGUGUUCUUCCUGAUCUGUAUUCUUCAUUCCGCGAUUGCUAUCUCCUGCGGAGCUCUCAUGAUGUUUUAUCUCGAUAAGAUCUCUAUUGUCGGUCACGGUACUGAGACAGCAAGUAAGCUUUGGGGUUCUACGCCUCAUGAUCAGCUCUUGAUCCAGACUUCAGAUUCCUUCGCCGGGUUGUUGUUGUCUGCGAUUGGAUGUCUCUUGUUUAUGGUGGCUUUUGUUAAGGACAGAGAGUUCCAGAGCUUCUUUGCUAAGGGAUUCGUGCUUAUCCAUGUCUCUGUCGCCGUCUGGAGGUUUUACUUUGAGAGGAGACUCGAGGAUCUUGCUCGUGAUUGGCCAAGACAGGUUGUUGGAGAUAUCGUUUUGGCGCUCUCGUGGGUUUUCUUCCUCAUCUACUCGUGGAGGGAGAAGUAUGAUUAGAUUCGUGAUAUAUAAAGUAUGGUUUUCUUUGUUGCUGCCAUGGCCAGAGCUGUGAAUCGCAUUGUCGAAACAGGUUCUCGUUUGCUGCUCUCCUGCUUGUGCUUUGCGAACCGCUAACUGAUGAACUGGAUUAGAAAUGGUGUAGUACAUACCAUACUGGAAUCAAAUAUUCCACCCUAUACUGUAACAUCACCGCGUGCAAGUUUUGUUAUAAGUAGUGGAUAUAGACAAUAGCUGUGUUUGGGUCAGCAUGUUUGGCUGAUUUUUGCGUUGGGAUCCUCCGUAUGCUUAUUUUUCUUUUUUAGUGUUUUCGAACAUAACCGAAUGCCCAGCUUUCUGUAGUGUUCUCAUUGUAAAUCUACUUUUCUAUCCACAAUAAUGAAAGAUAUCUCAUAUUGCU